AUGUACAGCAAAACGUACCACUGGAAGCACGUGAACUACGACUGCGGAGUCUUACCACAGUUGCGAUGUCCGCACUGUCCUUACGCCGCAAAGCACACUUCAAAUGUAAAAAGACACAUCCGGCGAAUCCACCCAGGCUCGCAAGUAUUGGCCGGAAAAGCCGAGGUUCCCAUGCGACCAAUGCGCAAGUGUCUUCAACCGGAAAGACAACCUAUGCUACCACAAGAAAUUUGUCUGCAACCAAUUGCCGAGGUUCUGUUGCCCCUACUGCGUCUAUCGGUCUCGCCAUGUGUCCAAUACGCGUGCGCAUGUCCUCAGGAAGCAUCCUGGAACAAGAACUUAAAAUUUUUCCUGCCGCAGCGGAAUGCGCGUGAGUCGCGCCGCGGAGUUCACAUUUGUCCAAAGUGCGGCGGGACGUUUAACUGGUCCUGGAACUUGCAGCAACACUUGAAGUAUGUUUGCGGUCAAUCUCCUCGGUUCAAUUGUCCGUACUGCAGUUACAGAACUCGACACACUUCAAAUGUCCGCGCGCAUGUAAGAAGACAACAUCCGGACAAGGAGAUCUAUUUUAUUGGUUUUGAAGUCGAAGACUCGGUGUGGUUCCAGCGAAGACCCCGGCGCGUCAGCCAGAGCGACCCCAGUGCCCCAAAGUACCCCUGCAGCAAUUGCCAAAGUGUCUUCAGUCGGAAACAUAAUCUUCAGUAUCAUUUGAAGUUCGAGUGCGGACAAAUGCCGAGGUUCAAUUGCCCGUAUUGUACUUAUCGAACUAGACACUCGUCUAAUGUGCGCGCACAUGUUAGAAAAAUUCACCCCGGUCUUCAAGUUUAUGUUGUUGAUAUUGCUAAGUGCUGCAAGACUGAAUUUAUUUCUUAA